AGUAACCGGCGCUCUAGGCGGGAAGGCGGUAAAUACGGAUCCGGACCGGAGAGCCGGGUGGCGGCGGGAUGAGGGCUGUGGCGGCCGGGUCUCUCCUGCUGUACCUGGCGGAGCGGGCUGCGGAGUGCGCUGUGAUUACACACUACUUCCUGUCUGCGCAGUUUCUGUGGGCCGGAUGGACGCUCGGACUUCUCCUCCCUGGUUGCCUGAUCCAAGCCCUCAGUUUUGUCUGGUACCGGACGGAUGGGCACCCACAAUGCUUCACUCUAACCCUGGCGCACUUCCUGCAGCUCGGGAUACUGAAGCGGCACGUGGACUGUCUCUGGUCCCCUGUGCGGAGAAGAGACCAUGGAGAAUGCGAGGCUCAGCAGCUGGUGAUGAAGCAGGGGGAUCUCUUACUUCUCAGGCUUAUGGAGACACUUCUACAGGCCCUCCCUCACCUACUACUACAGACGUACAUUUACCUGACUGCGGACCAUGCUGACAUCUAUGCAGCCUGCAGUGCCUUGCUGUGUCUGCUGUCCGUGUCCUGGGCGCUGGUCUCCUUCAGUCACUUCCUGUGUCUCCUCCGACCCGGGCACCUGUGCUUACCAUGGGCGUCAGUACUCUGCCAGCUCCUGUGGAGGAUGGGGAUGAUCGGGACGCGGGUGAUGGCCUUGGUGGUGUUUACCAGAGUCUAUCACGUCUGGGUAUUUGCUGUCGGAGGUGCACACUGGCUGGUCAUGUCCUUCUGGCUGGUGGCUCAGCAGACUGAUGUUAUCGCCAGACCUUGCUAUUGGAGACUGUUUAAUAUCCUCCUCGGAGCUGUCUACGUCUUCUGCUUCAUUAAUGUCAGGGAUGGGCCUUCACGGUAUCGCAUCGCCAUCUUUUAUGUGAUCAUGUUGCUGGAAAACUGCAUUCUGUUGCUGCUGGCUACAGACUUCCUGCAGGAGGCAGUGUGGAGCAACGUCAGGCUGUCUGUGGCUGUCAUGUCAGGAUUUCUUAUUGGCUGUGCCGCUUUAAUUAUUUACUACACUCUCCUGCACCCCAAAUCGACAGAAAUCACUCAAAGCUUUAAGACAGGUGGAGCGGCCCGUGGCAAGGGAAAUGAGUCUUCCAUCUCCUCCAGGUGGUGGCAUCGAAUGUCCAACAAAGAGGUGGAUGACUUGUUUAGAAGACAAGACCUCAACCCAAAGAGUAGGGAGCAGGAAACCUUGCCCGAAAACGAAGACCUCGCCUGGAUGAAGGUGGCUACAAAUCACCAUCACUUGCUGCUUUUGAAGCUAGCCAUGAAAACCGGAAACCGGUCAAAAAUAAAUGCUGCAUUCGGCGACGGUGGCCCCAGAGACCUCUUUUACCUUGGGGGCACUCCAAAUGCUCAGCAGCCUCUGAUGAAGACCAAUGUUGUAUCAGUCCAAAACAAAUCUGUGCCCCCUAAUGGUAUCUAUUUAAAGUCGGAGCCGUGGUUUUUGGGUCAAAUGCAAGGAGAUACUGACCCAGGUCACAAGUGUGGGCCACAGGAAUCCUCUACAUAUGUGACUCUUGGAAACUCUACAUCUGGGGAAGGUGCAUCCGAGAAGGGUGAUAAAUUGGCUGCUGAUGGCCGGACUUGUUCCUCUGCCAAAGUAUCUGGGGUGGCUACAGCUGGUUCCCCAAGCAAUGGGAUGCUUGGCAGUGCCACAUUGUACUUCAGCGCGCACACUGAUGGCAUGGUCCUCUCGGAGAAGGACGCAGACUGCUUAGUGGCAGCCCCAGAGACUGGAUUAAAAGCCUCAGUGGACAGUUCCUUAAAGGAAACACCUGAGAACAAGGCUGUUGAGGCCAAGGAGCUACCAGUCAUGUGUGUCAGUCCUAUUCUAAGCUUGGCGGCCAACAGCAACUUCCAGAGGAGCAUUGCAGAGGAUGUGAUCAGCCUGUGUGAGGAAUCGGAUAUGUCCACUGAUGAGACUGGAAUAUUGGAGGCUGGAGAACCUUCAGGGAAAAGCCGUUACCACUUACUGACUGCCGGGUCUCUCCCUCCAUCUGUGACGGGAAGGCUCAUUAAGGAGGAGAAACCCUGUUUCACGUCCACUCCCAAACCACAAGCCACGAGUGUAGAUCUAGGACCGCGGGAGGAGACCAAAGCCAGGAGAAGGCUUGAUCAGGCGACUGAGACAACCUAGUCUCGACCAAUGUCUCAAAGUAUGAAGAAAGUCUUAGUCACAAUAUAAAACCCAACUUCCAAUGGGAUUCGCUGAACAGCAUUUAGUAUUACAUUAUAAUAUGCUGUCUCGGUUAUUGCCCUGUCCAGCAUGAUUGGAGAAAGUUACUUGUUCUGAUAGUGUUGACGGUACAUGGCGCAUACCACAGACGUGGCAUAUGCAGCCACUGGCACAGGUUCCUUUUGCAUCUGCUGUGGUACUCUCGCAGAGCAAAUCACAAGAGAGACGCCCUGCAAGCGUCAGGGGUGUUCGUAUAAUGAUGUACGAAUUGGCGGGCUGUGGCUUGUAACCUAUCAGUCCCUAGGCCUAACCGUCUAGGGAGAUCACUUGCAUAUAAUAAUUAUAUAGUAUUAAUCUCGUAUUUAACUGUAAUACAUAUGUUUUAUGUAGUAAUAAUAAUCUGCUGAGAGAUAACUAGUUCUUACAGUUACACCCGAAGGUCAUGUGACCUGACCGGUAUAUUUAUUUUAGCCGAUAUACUGCCCUAUAAGGUGCAAGGUUUGUGUAUGCAGUCUUCCUGUAGAUUAGGACAGAAACCGUUAUAUAAAGGGAAAUAUGUACCCGCCGCCUGCACAGUGAGGCAGUCAUCAUCUUCAGCCCCUGGGGUCACUGGAAGCAACAGGAGCCGGCCAAUGUUACCCGUCCCUGGUGGAUGGAUGGGCUGCGUUCUCCAUGGAUAGAAUCGCUGCCGUUGGUAAGUCUCGAGCUACUCUGAAACUGCACAAUUUUUAUUUUUUUGUAGCAGCGCUGCGAUCCUUUCGUUCGCACUUCUGCUAAGCUAAGAUACACUCCCAGAGGGCGGCGGCAUAGCGUUUGCACGGCUGCUAAAAGCAGCUAGCGAGCGAACAACUCGGAAUGAGGGUCAUUGAUUUACCCCCAGGUAUCACAGGGAGCAGGGAGAUUUUCCACCAAGGAUGUGGUCCUUUUGGGGCCCUUGAGGUUUCCUGGUUGUCUAGCUUAGGUUCUACACUCCUUUAAACCCUUAUACAUACAAUAAUAAAAGCUCGUGGUUAUGUUAAAGCCUAAUAGUAACCCAAAUAAUCUUUGUGUUUUUGACUUAGUAUUUAUAAUAUACUGGACCAAAGGUAAAAUCUACCUGGUGUUUAGCGUAUGACGUACUGGACAUGUUACUGUAGAUGUAAUAUAUUUUGCAGUGUAUGAAUAUUUUUAUUAAGCCUUUCUGCACACUACUUUUUUAUAUAAGAUAUUUAAGAAUGAUAUUGUAUUUCUUAUGAAAAUAUGAUGGUCGUACAUUUCCAGAAGGUUCCGGAUUCCUGGAUACUAUUGUGUUCCGAACAUUCAUGCCAGAUAAGGUAUCCACAGCAUUCCCGAGUAAUACUGUACUCCCAGCAUUCCUGGAGGACCGUGUAUUCCUUACAUUCCUGGAUCAUGUAUUCCCAGCAUUCCUGGAGGAUAAUGUAUUCCCAACAUUCCUGAAUAUUGUAUUCCUAGCAUUCCUGGAUCAUGUUAUAUUUCCAGCAUUCCUGGAUGACAUUGUAUUCUCGCCAUUCUUGGAUUGUGCUGUCAGUGUUCCUGGAAAAUGGAUAUUAUGAUGUUUUAUAAAUCAGAACGCAUUGGU